GCCCGGACGGGAAGAAGGGCGUCCGCUGGGCACCUGCCUGCCAGAGCCAUCCGGACAGCCGGGCGCAGGGGCAGGGCGGGGUGCCCCGAGGCAGAGCGUUCCCACGACGGGGAGCGGCGGCUCAGCCCGGGGGCCGGAGCAGGGGUAUCGCUUGCUGCUGAGACCGGCCUGCCAUGGACUGGGCAGCCGCCGCCAGCGUGCUCGGGGUCCUCCUGCUGCUCCUGCUGCUGCUUUGGGCUUCUCACCUGCGCAGGUGCCGGCUCCCAGGAGAACCACCACUUGAUAAAGGCCUUGUUCCGUGGCUUGGGCAUGCUUUGGAAUUUGGCAAAGAUGCUGCCAAGUUCCUCAAUGCAAUGAAGCAGAAACAUGGUGAUAUUUUCACAAUUAAAGCUGCAGGCAAAUUCGUUACAGUCUUAUUGGACCCCCGCUCCUAUGAUUCAGUGCUUUGGGAAUCCCGCUGCAAAACUGAACUUUAGUCAAUAUACCGCAUGCUUUUAAUGGACGAAAUGUUUGAUGUCCAGCUUCCAGAUUAUGACCCUCUAAUACAGAAAUUAUGGAUGAACUGCCAUUUUAGAGAGACCCUGCAAAGCAAAAACCUUUCCCCUCUAACGAAGUCAAUGUUCUUCAAUUUGCAAACCAUUCUGCUUGCUGACCCAGGUAAAACCAACCAGCAAUGGAAGAAAGAAGGCCUGUUUCAUCUUGCCUAUAGUGUGAUGUUUAGAGCUGGAUUCCUGACAUUGUAUGGUAAUGAAAGCAAGAAUUAUGAUGAUGCCUCCAGUAAACUGAAAGACUUGGCACAUUCACUGGAAGUCUAUAAUGAGUUUCAUAAACUGGACCGUCUUUUGAUGAAAGCUGCACGUUCCAUGUUGAGUGCAGCAGAAAAGAAGGAAUUUGGCAGCAUCAAGAACAAUCUUUGGAAGUUAUUAUCGGUGAAAAGUUUGAACUGCAGAGCAAACAGAAGUGUUUGGCUGGAGAGCUAUCAGCAGCACUUGGUAGAUCUAGGAGUGAAUGAAGACAUGCAAACAAGAGCAAUGCUGCUACAGCUUUGGAGUACUCAGAGCAAUGCAGGACCUGCUGUCUUCUGGCUUCUGCUUUUCCUUUUAAAACAUCCCUCAGCCAGGGCAGCAAUUCAAGGUGAAAUGGAGGGAAUAUUUAGAACAAGAACACAAACAACUGGACAAGUGCAGAUGACCAGCCACGAGAUUCUGGACCACACACCAAUUUUUGACAGCUUAUUGAGUGAAACCCUGCGUUUGACUGCGGCUCCUUUCAUCAGCCGAGAAGUCCUUCAAGACAUGCCUCUGAGACUGGCAAGCGGCAGAGAGUACAGCCUGAGAAAGGGAGAUAGACUUUGCCUGUUUCCUUUCAUAAGCCCUCAGAUGGACUCUGAAAUCUAUGAGGAACCAGAGAAAUUCAAAUAUGACAGAUUCCUCAAUUCAGACGGUACAGAAAAAACAGAUUUCUAUAAAGAAGGGGAAAAGCUCAAGUAUUACAACAUGCCCUGGGGAGCAGGAAUAAAUGUCUGUAUUGGAAAGUUCUAUGCAGUCAACAGCAUCAAACUGUGUGUUUUCCUCCUCUUAAGUCAUUUUGAUCUGGAGCUGAAAGAUCCUGACACAAAGGUCCCGGACUUUGACAAGGAAAGAUAUGGUUUUGGAAUGCUGCAGCCAGGAAAGCCGUCAUCUGCGGUUUGGCUUCAAUACAAAACUGGAAAGAUCAGUGAACUGGAUGCUCCUCAUUUCUCUCUCAUAUAACUGUCAUUUUGGUAAUUCCUCUUCACAUUUUGCAAAGAAAAAACAAGAUGCUUGCUUGAGACAAAUUGAAAUAAUGUUAUGUUCUAUAUUUUUCAUCUUUCGUACUACAGGCGCACCCAGCACUUGUACUUGGACGUUUGCAGUGGAAUGUGCGGUGGUGGUGUGUGUGGCAGCAGUCACUACUAUGCAAAUCUCCUGUAGUCUGUCUCUGAGGGACCACUUUGUCUUUCUCUCAGGCUGCGUGUAACGAUGAAUGAAGAUCAAAACCUGGGAGACCCCCCACAAAAGGUGAUGGUAGUACAGGGGAGUACUGCCACAACCCCUCCCACUCCAGUUUAUUACAUAAACAGUUUAUGGGGUAGAAUCCACCCCAUUAAACCAGUUAAAACGGCAUGGCAGGUAAAUAGGCCCUAAAGUGUCAAUGGAUGAUUUAGGAAUAGCGGUGAUUGGAAAGUUAACUAGGCCAAACAUAAGGUUCCCAUUUGUAAAUAAGCAGAAUCUGUAAGCUGUAUAAGCUCAUCUUUCUUCCCAACGUGCCCAGGUUGCCCCAUGCAGCAGACCAGAAGAUCUAGUGAAGAAGAAGAGUUUGGAUUUAUACCUCCCUUUCUCUCUUGUAAGGAGACUCAAGGGGGCUUACAAUCUUUUUUUCCUUCCCCCCCCCCACA